AGGAAAUAUAACAACGAACAAAAAUUAAAAUAAAAAAUGUCUCAAACAUUUACAUUGUGUGAAAUCUCAGAAAAUAAUGGUAAAAAUGGCAAACCAGUGUGGAUUGUGGUUAAAGGUGUUGUUUAUGAUGUGACUAAUUUUUUAAAAGAUCAUCCUGGUGGAGAUGAAUUAAUUUUGGAAUAUGCUGGUAAAGAUGCUACAAAAGCAUUCAAUGAUGCGGGUCAUUCCAUAGAUGCUAUACAAGAUAUGAAACUAUAUAAAAUUGGAAUCGUGGAUAAUCAAUGCUCCCAACAAUGUGUUAUAUCUACAAUUUCAACGACUGAAUCCAAAAAAUUGCCCACAGAAACCACAAUGGACCAACAGCAAUGUUGCAAAGAAAAGAAGCGCUUAAAAUUGUUCUUUUGUUUUUGAGAAACUUAAAAUAAUUUAAUAUCUACAUAUAUAGUUACCAAUUAGUUAAUGUAAGAAUGUAUAGUAAUCUAUGUAAUAUAAAAUUGUAAUUUAAAUUUUGAAUUAAAACAAAAUUAUAUUACUUUUCUUUAUUAAUUUUUCAAAUGUAUAUUUAACGACAUAAAAAAUUAAUUUUAUUAAUUUUAUUAAGAAAAAAAAAAUUAUAAUAAUAGAAUAGAAACUACUCGUAGAACAUUUAUUAUGCUAAUUUUGUUUUAUAUAUUUAAAGUAUGUAUAUGUAUGUAUGUAUUUAUUGUAUAUACACGAAUAGAUUAAAUAAAAAUUAAUAUUGGCUUUAUUUUGCAAUUAAAAGUAUAAACUAUACAUUAAAUAAA